CUCCUUUUUACGAUAACAAAAAGUAGGAAGAAAGCUUCCGAUGGAGUUAUAUAAAAGUUCUUUGGUGCCAGCUUACAGUCCUCGCAUUCGCGCUGAUUAAGCUCCGAAAUUAGUUGCAUAAAAAACAAAAAAGAAAAAAAAUUUACGGAAGUGGAAGGAAGGAGGAGAGAUAGAUCUGAGAUUAGAGAACGAGAGAGGAGAGAGAGAGAGGAGGAAAUGCUUCGGGCUUUGGUGCUCUGCUUGGCUUGUGCUUGGGUUUGGUGCCUGAGCUCCGUCAAUGGCGACACGAACUCGGAUGAAGUUUCUGCUCUCAAUGUUUUGUAUACUAGUAUGAACUCACCGGGUCAGUUAACAAGUUGGAAUUCAAGCGGAGGUGACCCUUGCGGGCAAUCAUGGAAAGGAAUCACAUGCUCUGGCUCAUCGGUUACAGAAAUCAAGCUGCCUGGAUUGGGUCUUAAUGGAAAUUUGGGCUACCAGAUGGACAAGUUGAAGUCCCUAGUUGAGCUGGAUUUGAGCAAUAAUAAUCUUGGAGGUGGAAACCCACUCCCUUACAAUCUACCCCCCAAACUUCAACGAUUAAAUGUUGCUCAGAACCAAUUUAAUGGAGCCAUGCCUUAUUCGAUAUCGCUGAUGACUUCUCUUCAGUACCUAAAUCUCGCACACAAUCAACUACAAGGUAAUUUGUCAGAUUGGUUCAACCAGCUGGUUAAUCUUGAGACCAUGGAUCUCUCUUUCAACUCUUUUACUGGUAUUCUUCCUGAAAGCUUCAGCUUCUUAUCAAACCUGACGAAUCUGUAUUUGGAAAACAACCAAUUUACAGGUCAUAUAGAUGUCCUUUCGAACCUACCCCUCAAUGACCUUAAUGUUGCAAACAAUCGAUUCACUGGACAGAUUCCUAACCAAUUGCAAAAAAUCAACAAUCUUGACACUGAUGGUAACUCAUGGAACAACGAAUCUGCACCUCCUUCACCUACAUAUUCUUCUCAUCCACCACCUGGUAGACGAUCGAACCCUGGCUCAAACCCUGGCCGGAGAUCUGAGGGGAAAGAUGGUCCAUCAAAUGGUGAUGGAAAAGGUUCUGGUAUUAAUGUGGGAGUGAUAGCUGGUAUUGUCAUAGCUGUUGUUGUUAUCAGUGCAUUAAUCUUCUUUCUCUUGGUGAAGAGAAAAACAAGGAAAUCUUCAGGAGAAGAACACCAUGAACCAGAUCAGCAUUUUGCUCCUCUUGCCUCCAAUGAAAUUAAAGAGAUGAAAUCCAUUCAAACAGCAUCAGCAGUUGAAACAGCAACAUUCAAACCUGCAAGUAAUACAACAACAUUUCAAACGGCUCCUUUUAGUCUGAAACCUCCUCCCAUUGACAGGCAAAAUAAAUUGAAUGAUGAAGAUGAUUCUAUCAUCAAAACACCCGUGAAGAAGGCAAAAGUUGCUUCUAUAAAAGCAACCGUUUAUUCUGUAGCAGAUCUGCAAAUUGCUACAGAUAGCUUUAAUGUGGAUAAUCUUAUAGGGGAAGGUUCUCUUGGCCGUGUAUAUAGGGCUCAAUUUGCAGGCGGUAAGGUUCUGGCUGUGAAAAAAAUAAGCUCCUCUUCCCUACCCAAUCAAUCGCCUGAUGACUUCAUUGAAUUAGUUUCUAACAUUUCACGUUUACAUCAUCCAAAUCUAUCUGAGCUGGUGGGCUAUUGCUCGGAGCAUGGGCAGCAUUUACUGGUGUAUGAGUUCCAUAAGAAUGGCUCAUUACAUGAUCUCCUUCACCUUUCUGAUGAGCACAACAACCAAUUGACUUGGAACACUCGCAUAAAGAUUGCACUUGGGACUGCAAGGGCAUUAGAGUACCUGCAUGAAGUUUGCUCUCCAUCUGUUGUCCAUAAAAAUUUCAGGUCGGCCAACAUUUUAUUGGAUUCUGAGCUCAAUCCUCACCUUUCAGAUGGUGGCCUAUCAAGCCUCAUCCCUAGUGCAGAAUACCAGGGUGAGGAUCAGGACAUGGUAUCUGGAUAUAGUGCUCCUGAGGUUGCCAUGUCUGGACAGUAUACUCUUAAGAGUGAUGUAUAUAGCUUUGGAGUUGUCAUGCUAGAGCUUCUGACUGGAAGAAAACCCUUUGAUAGCUCAAGAUCAAGAUCGGAGCAGUCAUUGGUUCGGUGGGCUACACCUCAGCUCCAUGAUAUCGAUGCCCUCGACAAGAUGGUUGAUCCAGAAAUCCAUGGGCUGUACCCUGCAAAAUCACUCUCUCGCUUUGCUGAUGUUAUUGCUCUCUGUGUUCAGCCUGAGCCGGAGUUCAGACCACCCAUGUCAGAAGUAGUUCAAGCGUUAGUUCGCCUCGUGCAAAGGGCCAACAUGAGCAAGAGAGUCCUUUCUGGUGAAGUUCAAGAUGGAGCUCGGCGAACAGACGAUGCAGAAGCACAGGACUACAUGUACUGAAGCAAGCUUGAGGUAUAUUUCAGGCAAGCGACGAGGUUUCUUGGCUUCCAGUGAUGAUCUAGGCACUCCAGUUUGGACUGGCCAUGGCUUCUCCUUCCCACUGCAGUUAAAUAGCACAAACUCUACCUGAAGGUCCAUGAUAAAUAACAAGGCCAUGGCUUUCUUGUCCAAUAGUAAGAAAUGUAUUUUGUUAAGUUCUUCUGUUUUCUACAUUGUUGUUGGUACCAUUAUCUUCUUCAUAAUGAAUGGCCAGAUUUAUAUAAAUA